CUUGUCAACAAACACCUGCUGCUGCUGACACUUUCUUCAAAAUAAAACUGUCAAAUACAACAAAUCUACGGCGCUGAUCGGUAUCUGUAAAUAUGGAAUCUCUUCAUGAUGAACAAGUAGAUAUAUCUGACGUUUUGGAUUGUUAAAUAGGUUUCAUGUCUGAACUACACUCCCUUAAUAUGGAGGAAAAUUCAGAAGAUAUUGAAGUCUCAUCGACUGCUCAGUUAGCAAAGAAAAAGAUUGAGGCAAAAAAUCAUGGUGAGGACAGCUCGGAAGCAUCGCCUCCCUUGUGGGGAUCAGAGGACUCGGACAAACGAAAAGAUGAGAAUGACUUACUGGAGAACAUGAGAACGAAAAUCGAGAAUAAGGGUAAUACUUUGAGCCGAACUUGGACAGAACUUUACAGCCUGAUGACUCAUUAUCAGGCAGAGCUGAUAUCAAAAGAGGGCAAGACUACUCUAGCAGAAGCUAUGCUUAAUAACCGCGAACAGCAGCUUAUUUUCCGUAACCAAGCAACACCCAUCGACCAGGAAAAGCUUGCAUUGCAAGAGGAACUAUUGAACAAAAAUGCCUUGUUGAAAAAGAGUGAUGAAGAAUUGAGUCAAACUAAACGACUGCUUUCUCGCCUGCAGUCUGAUUUGCGAUCGCGUGAUAAACUGCUCGAGGAGACAAAGGCAGAAACUAUGAGAGUAGAGCAAAAGUUCCUCAAGACUGUGACUGAGCUUGGCCGGAAGCAGACUGAGCUGAUCGUCAAAGAUGAGCUCCUUGCAAGGAUUCAGCAGAAAAUGGCCGAGGAAUCCACCAAGUUGAAUGAGGAGAUUGGACAACUGAAACUUGCCCUUGCUCUUGAGAGGGGCAGUAAGGACAAAAAUGCCAACAAGUUGAUGCUGUCAGGCUCUACCAAAGCGGAGAGGUCAAAAUCUCAGAACUCUGAUGGGAAGCAUGGCUCCAAGACAGUCAUCGAUUCACUGUCCAUCCCAGAGAUCAAAGCUACCAGCACGAGCAUCACUAGUCGCCUCCACCUUCCAGUCAACAAAGUCAGAAUCAAACAGGAGUUAGACUAUGACGAGGUCUGUCAGUCUGACGACAAUAUGUCGAGUAAUUUCUUCUGGGGGGAUUCGAGUAGAUCCAGGAUGCCCCACACGCAAGAGAUGCUGACACUUCGGAACUUUAUGUCCACCCCAGAAACUGUGCAAAGUUCUGCGGCAAGUCCAAGCCCAAGAGAUGUGCCCUCUGGACACUACAGCAGCCCUUGCUCGUCCCACCGUAACGUACCCUGCACUGUCUCUGAGUCCUCGACUGCUAUUGAUCUUUCUUUGUCCCAGUCCUCCUCCAUCAGUGCCUUGUCUCAAAUGCGAGACUGCGUCGAACAACUUGUCAAAUCCUCCUCAACAACAUCUUCAUCAAAAACACCACCCGAGAAUACCAUGUCAGGGAACCAGAAACGAAACCACCUGCAGGAGAGAAAAUCAUCACCCAAGAAAAUCAAACCAGAUCCCGACUCUGCAACCAAUAUACCUCAUGGACAAUUCACUCCAUUACACGUACCUCAAAUACCCAGAAUGCAUCACUCACCUGAGAGUACUAGCAUUACUGCCACCAGUCAACCCUACCAGUGCAAUCUUUGUCCAAGUGUGUGUUCGUCUAAGCACAGUCUUCUCCGCCAUGUACGCGUUGUCCACGGAGGUGAAAAGCCGUAUAAAUGUGAACUUUGUGAGAUGCGUUUUGGAUUUUUGUGGAAUCUCAAGACGCAUAUGAGGACCCACACAGGAGAGAAACCUUUUGGGUGCGCCCAAUGUGGUGCCCGAUAUCGUCAAAUUGGCGAUCUCUACCGCCAUCAAAGAUUGCGCAAUCAUGGUGGUGAUAGGCCUUAUAAAUGCGACAUUUGUUGUAAGACGUUCAGUCAAAAAUGGAGUCUGCAGCAGCAUAUAAAGAGCCAUUAGGCCGUGUGUAUUUGAUUCUUGGUUGUCCGUCAAGUCAGAUAUUGGGUAACCUGGGAUCUGUACACACACCAGACUUCAGCAGACUAGAAGACAUGUUUUUUCAGGUACUGGUAGUACCAUACCAUCAGUGUGCUGAUACUUAAAUUGAAAUAAGUACACUUAUUUUGUACUAACAAAACCUUCAUUCUAUAACCCAUUUACUUUAUUUGUUAUACUGGACUGUAUAUUGAUGUAUCCUGAAAUAUUAUGUGCUACUACUUAUAGAACAAUUGGUAUUGAUGUUUUACCAGUGAAUACUUAAAACCAAAGUUUACAGUUUUGCCAUUGAACAAAAGUUGUAUGAGUCUCCACCGGAUGUUCAUUUCUCAUGUUGAUAGUUUUGACCGAAGAACGAUAAUUCUCAGAUCUCAGUUUUUCUUCCAUAAAAAACUGCAAAAAAUUUGGGUCAGACUCAACCAUCUGACUUCUAAGCUCCGAAGAGUAUCAGGUUAUUAUCUUUAAUGGAGCCUAUUCUACGGAUCACGUAAUUUUCAAAUCCAAGGGUCAAUUUUAAAAAACUAGGAAUUAGCUUGUGAGUAUCCAAUGGAAAGAGAUCUGACCUUAAAUUUCUAGUUGUCAAAUCUCUACCUUUUAUACAUACUGUACUGACUUAUAUAUGAUAGGCCCCUCCUACUAUUAGGCUAUGAGAUAGUAUAUUGUUUUGGCUUGUGACUUUUACAUCGUUGUUGGUCUGUUUUGAUGUUCUCAUUAUGUUAAACGGAGUGUUGUAUGAACAAAUAAUGCUAUUGUUGAUCUAUUGGCUUUUAUGUUUUACAUGAUAUUAUAUCGCAAAUGCCCAUCUGUUCUAUUUUUAUAUCCUGCAGAGUAUAUUGAACUAUGUACACUAAUACAUGUAACCUUAACCAUUGUAUCUGUAUUGAUAUGUUCUCAAGGACCCUCAUUAUAUCUGGGGUGUCUACAAAACCAAGA